AUGUUGGCAGCGUCAGUGGACGAUGAGCAAGCUGAAGCAGAACUCUCCGAAAUCAAGUCACAAGCUAAAAUGAUUUUCCGCCGGAUGAGUCGCAAUUCGGAGCCACAGGCCAGUAUUGAAUCUGGUCAAUAUAGUUUACACUAUCUUGUCAAGGAUGAUGUCUGCUUUCUGUGCAUUUGCGAUCGUUCAUACCCCCGGAAGCUUGCGUUCACCUAUCUCGCGGAUUUAGCCACGGAAUUUACCACCACAUACUCCCCGUCACAAUAUCACUCGCCAACCCUCCGACCAUAUGCUUUCGUGGAAUUCGACACAUUCAUUCAACGUACCAAGAAGCUUUAUCAGGACAGCCGUGCAUCACAGAAUCUUGGUCGCCUGAAUGACGAGCUUCGUGACGUAACCAAAGUGAUGACCAAGAAUAUCGAGGAUCUUUUGUACAGAGGCGAUAGUCUUGAGCGUAUGGGUGAGCUGUCAGGACGUUUGCGCGAGGACAGCAAGAAAUAUAGAAAAGCUGCAGUGCGCAUUAAUUGGGAACUGUUGCUGAAGCAGUAUGGGCCAUUCGCGGGUGUCGGCUUCCUUGUGCUCUUUUUGAUCUGGCUUCGCUUCUUCUGA